CGGACACCAUCUUGGGUGCGCGUGAGUGAUUCUUAGUGUUGUGAUUAUAUUCAUGUUCCAUCCAGGAUGACAGACUACGAGCGCAUCAAGCAGACGUGCCUGGAGAAGGGGGAGCUCUGGGAAGACCCUGACUUCCCCGCCAAUCAGUCCUCCGUGUUUUACUACCAGACUCCCCCUUUUCAUUUCGAGUGGAGGAGAUCUAAGGAAAUAUACUCAAAUCCUUCGUUUAUACACGACAGAAACGAAGUUUUUGAUGUCAUACCUGGCAAACUGGGAGACAAAUGGAUGGUAUCCUGCCUCGGCGUCUUGUACCUUACAAAGGGUCUUUUCUACAGAGUUGUACCGGCUGACCAAAGAGUUGACGAAGCCUAUGCUGGUGUAUUCAGGUUUCGACUCUGGUGGUGUGGACAAUGGCUUGAGGUGCUUGUGGACGAUCGUUUGCCAACAGUCAAUGGAAAAUUGGCAUUCCUUCAAAGCAACCACACCGAGCAGAUGUGGCCGGCGUUAUUGGAAAAAGCAUACGCCAAACUGCAUGGAUCCUACGAAGCUUUGAAAUACGGGAGUUUACUGGACGGGCUAGCGGACCUUACAGGGGGCAUUACCGAGUCACUGCAGAUGACCGAACUGGCUGAUGCUGAGACCCUGAGGAACUUGCUAAAGAACACGAGCCUAGUUACCGCACACCAUGUGGCCGCUACACCUGAAGACAAAAUUCCCGAACUUCAAACAGAAAUGAAUUAUGUGGUGAUGAACGUGGAACAGGUGGAAAGCACUAAAGGUACGGUGCACGUCGUGCGAGUGCGUCGACCACUGGGUAUUGGAGAAGUGCCUGUACCCUACAUAGUACUUAAUCCAGAAUCGUGGCACACAAUACCGCAACAAGAACGGGACCGAUUCAUAUCCACACCCAAAGGAAUUUGGAUGCUCUUCUCUGAUUUCCAACGCGUAUUCACUCGCGUCGAAAUAGUACACUUAGACUCGGAAACCUGUAGAGCAGAACCGUUUUUAGCUGAUAAACAAAAAUGGCAAAUGAAGAUGCAUCAAGCAGGAUGGAAGAGAGGUGUUUCGGCUGGAGGAUGUCGUAAUUACGUGCAUUUUUUCCACACGAAUCCUCAAAUACAAAUAGUCUUAACUGAACCGGACACUGUCAUUAUUUCUUUGAACCAGCACUGCAUUAUGGAACCUAAAGUUAUUGGAUUUAGUAUUUAUAAAAUACCUGCGCCCCUUAACGAAACUGCGAAGGCUUUAUUCUUUAGAAAAGUUAAAAGUACUAUCAAUUCACAAUAUACGAAUAGUCGGCAAGUUACACAUAGAUCACCACUAGAACCAAGUGCCUUCAUUAUAAUGCCUACAACAUUCGAGCCACGCGACGAAGCUAAUUUUACGUUAAGAAUAUACUCGAACAAACCAAUCAAGAUGAAAGUUUUGGACAAUCCGCCUAAAAUGACAAAAACUGCAUUAGUGAAGGCACCACCAGUGGUGGAAGUGAACAGCUUUGCGCAGUACGAAGCGGUGUUCCUUCAACUUGCCGAUGAACACAAGUCUAUAGAUCCAUUUGAAUUACAAGAAUUACUGGAUGCCUGCCUUCCAAAUGACUACAUCAAGAGCUGUGCCUCCAUAGACACGUGUAGACAAAUUGUUUUGUCUUUAGACAAGAAGGGUACGGGUCGCAUUUCGCUAUCAGACUUCAAGGACCUUAUGUGCAGUUUGAAGCAUUGGCAAUUUGUCUUCCGAACGCAUGCUAGAGAGAAAAUGGGCGUCCUCAGAGCGGAAAGAUUUCGGGAUGCCCUAAGAGAUGUCGGUUUUAUAGUACCCGAGAAAGUAUUGACGCUUUUAGUUUUAAGAUAUAUGAGGAAAGAUGGCAUGCUUAGAUUUGGCGAUUUCGUUUCUGCUGUUAUGCAUCUACAUCGCGCGUUCGAAAUUUACCACAAAAGCAACACCCUUCGAACGGAAGGCAUCCAAACGAAUCUAACCGAGUGGCUGAAGAAUGUAUUUAUGUGCUAGUAAGCAAAGACUGGCACUGUAUGUGACUGCAAUUGAACUUAGAAGAGGGCGGACAUGGACGGGACUAUUUUGGAGCUCAUUGUUCUGCUAAAAGCGGACCAGUCUUCGAGACGAAAAUAAAAACUGAUUGGAUUCAUAAAAAUCAUUAUGUUUUGGUGUAGUUAGAUCAGUUUGGUGGCCAUCCGCCCCACUUACCUCGUAGUUUUUAUGAGCUCUAUGGCAAACGGCCGUCUCUUGAAAGCAACCACUUUUAUACAUUUAGAUUUAGUUAAAAUACGACUUCAUAGGUACCUAUGUGAAAAUAUAACCAGCUCACUUCACGGUUGUGAUAAGAUUUUUUAUAAAAUUAUUGUAUAAAGAAUUAAGUUAGUCAUUUACGUGUCGUGGGGGUUAUAAAUAAUGGGUGUUUUUUUAUCAACAUUUUAAAACGUGCAAUGUAUAAUAUGAUUUUUUGUUUUUUUUCGCGACUAUAGAAUAGAUACAGUAAGUAGGUAAAGAAGUUUGACAUACUAGGCAAGUAUACUCUAUUUUUAAAAGUAAAAGCCGAUAUUAGUACGUUUAUAACUAGCUCUUAAUUUACCCCAAUACUCUAGUUACUUGUGUAACAAUAUAUUGGUCAUAAUAAUGAGUUUUCUCAACACUAUAAAUACUCAGUGCAUUUGUUAUGUUAGUUAGUUUCUUAUAGAUAUUUGUUAUUUGACUAAGAAUGCCUAAUUAUAAUUAGAAUUAAUUAUAUUGAUUGAUAUCUACAAGUGACAGCUAUUUUAUCUGCUCUCUCACCCCUAAUUUUCUACAGAACUAGCUAGAACUAUAAAUUAUAGACA